AUGGACAUUGAAAUGGCCCAGAAAUACAUUCAAAUCCAAAUUCAAGAUGAUCUGAAGUAUGAUAUUCGUAUCGAGAAUGCGGAACUUGAAAGUGGCAAUUUCUACAGAGAAGAUAAUCGAAACGACAUCUUAACGUCUGAAGAUGUGGACGAUAUGGUUAUUCGCCAUAACGGCGGAAUUCGAAGUAUCUGCGCUAUGAACGCGUCUGAAGGAAGUAUUGAUCUUGUUGACGAUGUACGGGACGCGAAGAUUUGCAAUUUAACCUGGAGAGCCUCUACACAGCUCGACGAACGCAAUGAAAUGAUGAAACUCCACCACGAUCCUGGAUACAUCGUUGACAUUGGGAGUUGGAAUGAAUCUGGCAAUAUGGGAUGGAUUCCUGUUACUGUUAAGGAACAAGACUGA